CUUUGGUGUGUGCACAUCCUUACUGCAGAUGACUGGCAUUCUUUUUCUUUGCAAACUGAUCAUGUAAAUAUAAUAAGCAAACAGGAAAAUGGCAACAGCUGAAAAUAUCCCAACUACUACAAGCUUCGUCCUUCACUCAACACUCAACACAUCUAUAGAUUAUUAUGACUAUGACUAUGACUACGAAAGUCAAGUGUGCAACACAACAAGCGUCACACAAUUUGGAGCAAUCUUUACUCCAGUGUUCUUCCCCAUUGUGGUGAUCCUCAGUUUGUUUGGCAACAUCCUGGUCAUUGUGAUUCUGGCCAAGUAUGAGAAUCUCCGAUCCCUCACCAACGCCUUCAUCCUAAACCUGGCUGUAUCUGAUCUCUUAUUCACCACUGGUCUGCCCUUCUGGGCCUACUACCACAUGUAUGGAUGGACUUUAGGGGAGAAUGCAUGCAAAAUAGUCAACUUUCUCUUCUACAUCGGCUUCUACAGCAGCGGUAUCCUCCUCAUCCUGAUGACCGCUCAUCGUUAUGUAGCUGUCGUGAAUCCUCUGUCCAACAUUGUGUCAACCACAGGCUUCACCAGUGUACUAGUAUCUGUGAUUAUUUGGGCAGUGAGUAUUAUGGUUGCCAGUCCAACUUUCAUCUUCACCACAGUCCAGGGCCAGAAUCACUGUGAGUUUAGGACUUCUUUCUGGUCCUUAUGGGGAAUCUACCAGCAAAAUGUUCUCUUUGUACUGAGUUCUAUGGUAUUCAUUUUUUGCUAUUCUCAGAUCAUAUGCAGGUUGCUGCGCCCUACUGCCCAAAGAAGAAAAAACAAAACUUUAAAACUAAUUUUCACUCUCAUAGUUGUUUUCUUUGUGGGUUGGGGACCUUACAAUAUAGUAAUAUUUCUACAGUCAUUUUAUUUUUGGCCCCAACCACCUGCUUCCUCUAAGGAAAUGGCUGAAGACUGUGAAUCAUACAAAAUACUGGAUUAUGCUCUUCAACUUAGCCGACUUCUUGCCUUUUCCCACUGCUGCCUCAACCCUGUGUUUUACGUCUUUGUGGGGGUUAAAUUCAAAAACCACAUAAAAAAAAUGCUUAAGAGCUGGGGCCAUAACGAUAUCCCCAUCCGCAGCAGACAAAACCGACUCACAAUCACAUCACUAACAAGUGGGGAGGAGUUCUCGAUGUAGCUGAUAUAGAGAACAGAAGUGAAACCAGAAAGCAAAUCUUAUUCACAAUGGCCCUGGCAUAACAUAGAAGAACAAAAGAUCUAGGCUUGUAACAGUGAAUUAUGUGGUUUAUUACAUAUAUUUAAAUAAGGAUGGUAAUUUUUCAAAAGAUAAUUUCAUUGACUAUUCAGUAUUUCUAUUUUUAAUGGCCUUUAACAAACACAAGCCUAAUACACACAUGACAGUCUAGAGAGACACACAUUGCAGCAUGCAGAUGGUAGGGUCACAUAAACAACAUGGAUCUGUUCUUCCUCAUGUCAGCAGAUCAGGCUGCCAGUUAUGGUGUUCAGUAGUGGUGUGAGGAAUAUUUUAUUGGCAUACCUUAGCCACCUUAAUAGCAAGUGACUACAGUUUAAAUUCCACAACCCACCUGAGUACUCCAUUGGCUGCCACAGUCAGAACUCAUUCCGAUAGGGCACAUUUGGGAUUCAGUGGAACGAAAGAUUUCCAGCAUGAAUGUGCAGCCAACAAAUCUGUAGCAACUAUGGUAUGUGACUGCUAUCAUGUCAACAUAUUUCCAGUACAUUUGUUGAAGCCCUGCCAUGAAAAAUUCAGGAUGUUAUGUGAACAAAGGGAGUACAACACAGUUUUAGAAAGCUGUACCUAAUAAAGUGGUCACUGAGUGGAUAAAUAUAUUAGUUGUGAUAUGUAAUGUACAGUGUUCCACCCAUGAUUUUACCUUGUAUUUAAAUGUGAUUAUCUACUUUCUAGUCAAAUAAUUUACCUGUAUUCUGUGAUUCACUCUGAUGGACUGCAUUUUAUUUUACAUGUUCAUCAAUCAGUAUCUAUUUUGAUCACUUACUGUAUUUUAUAUUUUUGCCUUCAGUUUCAGGAGUUAUGCAAGCGAAACAUGAAAAUAUUUUGCUUUUGAUCUUUUGGAAUUUAUUUGUAAUGGUGUUUAUUUUCACAUAUCAUCACAGUCAUCAUCACAGGGAAGACUGAAGUAACGGGGUACAAAGUAUAAUGUGAAUCCACAGUCUCCCACAGCUUCCUAAAAGUUCUAGGUCUCUACUGUACACUUGUAUGUUGCUACUUUGUCCUGUAAUUGCUGCUUUACAUUUGCAUUUAAUGUUUUAAUCUAAUUAGCAUUUUAAUGUUUUGUUUAUUUGCCUGCAAUGUGUGCAGUGUGUUAAGCGUGUGAAUUUCCUUUGUGUAUGAAAAUGUGCUAUAUCAAUAAACUUACCUUACCCUUC